CUUGUUUUAGAGAGAAUUUGAUUGGACAAAAAUGUGUGUAGUGCAGGAUGAGUCAUCAAUAUUUUUAUUGAUUUUUCUAGGAUGACAAAACUGUAGAAAGAGUAGCCUACAAUAGAAUAUGCUCACGUUAAUUGGAAAUAAUUUAUAUUAUCUGCUAAAUUUAACAUUGUGUAAACAUUUCAAUAGAGGGCUAGCUAACAGAGAUGCAAUAUAAAAGACACAAAACUCAUUUUUUUAUUAUUAUAAUAUUUAUAAUUAUAACCAGAUGUUUAAUUUGCAUUUCAAACACACACACACACGGCUUAGCUUCACUUUUGGCUGCUGAACCAUACAAAUUUCUCUUCGUCAUAGGGAGGAAGGAAAAAUCUAGCGAUCAAGCAUUACGUUAGUUUUGAGAUGGUCUACAUCAUGAGGGCUCGAGUAGUAUGUGGAUGAUUGGGUGUUGAGUCUGCAUAGGAUGCACUGUUGUCAGGGAGAAGUGCAAGUCACCUUCACGCGGUUGGCCCAGAAGCCCAUAUCUAACACAGACGAUCACAGAACUACACCAACCACGGACGGCGGUCCCGAAACAAGGUCCAUUAGGUCUAGCCACUAAAUCAACGGUCCAGCCGCGAAGAUAGAGCACAGACUGUUGUUUAUUGGCAUCGUUGGCGUGAAUGAGAAUUUGUAGAAUCGCUGAGUUGGAUGACAAAGCCGAUGAUGGGUUUAUCGCUCCGCUAAAUAGAUUUAAUGCGCCUCUGAAUGCAUUAACCCCGUCACUGGCGGGCGCAAAACAGUAUAUCUCGGCGUGUCCUAUUCGGACCGGAGCGCCUGUGAGGUUUCCCUGAACGCUUUGCAGCGCAGCCAUGGCUCUGGUGACUCUGCAGCGCUCCCCUACACCCAGCGCCGCAUCCUCAGCCAGCACCAACGCGGGGGAGGAUUUAGGCAGUGAUGAUGAUCGAAAAGCAAACCUAAGCAAGGGAGCAGUGCACAAGGGCCCAGAACACCCACCCAUCAUAAAAAUGCAGAAACAGAGCGGUGCGUAAUGGAGUGCGGGGGCAAUUUGGCCAAUUUUUGGGGACUUGCCCCCCUCAAUGUCUAUGAUGGUUACGGCCCUGAACCACUACAGUAAAGGUGAUCUACCACAGCACCUACAAGUAAUGAUAAACACCCUCCGUUCUGAGGAUAGAAUUAAAUUAGUGGUUAGGUUAGAAAGUGGAUGGACAGACCAUGUGCGGUACAUGGUGGUUGUCUACACAAAUGGGCGUCAAGACACUGAAGAAAACAUACUACUCGGAAUGGAUUUCACAGAUAAGGACAGUAAAAGUUGCUCUAUUGGGAUGACUCUUCCACUUUGGAGUGAUACCAAGAUUCACUUGGAUGGAGAUGGAGGUUUCAGUGUGAGCACAGCAGGGAGACUGCAUGUUUUCAAGCCCGUGUCAGUCCAAGCCAUGUGGUCUGCCCUCCAGGUGUUGCACAAAGCAUGUGAGGUGUCCCGCAGAUACAACUAUUUCCCUGGAGGGAUGGCCCUUACAUGGGUCGGCUAUUAUGAGAGCUGCAUCUCCUCAGAGCAGAGUUGUAUCAAUGAGUGGAAUGCCAUGACAGAUCUGGAGACCACCCGGCCUGACUCCCCAGUCAUGUUUUCUCAUCAGCCAACGGAGAGAGAGAGAACAGAGUGUAUGAUCAAAGCCAAACUCCGAAACAUAAUGACGUUUCAGGACCUGGAAAAUAUUACUUCUAAGGAGAUCCGAAAUGAGCUGGAACAACAUAUGAGCUGCAACCUGAGGGAGUAUAAAGAGUUUAUUGACAAUGAGAUGCUGCUUAUCCUCGGCCAGAUGGACAAGGCUACGCUCAUAUUUGAUCAUCUGUACCUGGGCUCAGAAUGGAACGCAUCCAACUUGGAGGAGCUUCAAGACUCUGGGGUGGGGUAUAUCCUCAAUGUCACAAGAGAGAUUGACAACUUUUUCCCUGGUACCUUUUGUUAUUGUAACAUUCGUGUUUAUGAUGAUGAGACUACAGACCUGCUGGCGCACUGGAACGAAACCUACAACUUCAUAGUUAGAGCCAAGAAAAACAACUCUAAAUGCCUAGUACAUUGCAAGAUGGGAGUGAGUCGCUCAGCAUCCACCGUCAUUGCUUAUGCUAUGAAGGAGUAUGGAUGGUCACUUGAAAAGGCGUACAGUUUUGUCAAACAGAAGAGGAAUAUAGCACAACCCAACCCAGCUUUUAUGAAACAACUGGCUGAGUACGAGGGGAUUUUAGAUGCCAGCAAGCAGAGACACAACAAACUCUGGCAACCAGACAGUGAUGAGUAUUCACUGGAGGGCCUUCAGGCUUCAGCUGCCAGUGGUGACCAGACUCCUCAAUUUUCGUCGCUGCACCCUGAUCAGGAGGAGACGGCUUGGGGCCACGGAGGAGCGAGUGCUUCUCCCUGCUGCGGAGAAGAGCCGACAGACCAUCUCAAUUACAACUACUACUUCCGGCGACUCUCAGACACUGCUCUGGACAGUGAACCCUCCACGCCAGUUCGAGGUCCUCCACUUUUAGGCAUGGAACGAGUUUUUAUUGAGAUUGAGGACGUGGAGAGGGAUGCGUUGUUGGACGAUGAGGGUUUCCCCAUGGCUCACUUGGCCCUUCCUGGGGAGGGUACAGCAGCCCAGACCUGCGGCCGACUGGAGCCCUUGGAGGACAUGCGCUUGCGGCUGGAGUUCAGCACGGUGGAGGAGGAGGAUGAGGAGGAAGCACAAAAGGAGGAGGCGGAGAUGGCUGCCUUAGCUCGUGGUGAGGAGAUGCAGAGGGAAGACGGGAGCCUGGCUAACUCGAACCGCUUUAACAACGAGAACGCCAACAACAGCAACAGGCUGGCCGGGAAACGCAGCUGCCCUUCUGGCUUUGACGACAGUGCUAGCAUUGGAAACCCCUACAAAGUGAAGCCCUCAUAUCAGUCGUGCCGAGACUGCCUGCGCCUGCCCAGCGGCCGCCGCUGCGAACGUCGCACCCAUCGCCUUAACCUGCCACGUCAUGCUGGCCUUCCCAGUAUCUCCAUCCAGGCCCCUGGAGGACACAAAUUCAGUCCCGCCUCCGCCAAUAAGGUGCCUCCUCCUGCCCCUCGGCAUCACAUGAGCAGCGGGCACUGCCAGUGCAUUCGUUGCUCCAGUCGGGCCAACUUGGACACUUACCUCAAGCAACCAAGCUGCGAAGACCUUCCUCAGGAUUUGCGUUAUUCCUUGGAGACUGAGGACAAAAUGGAGGGGGAGGACGAGGGGAGCAAGGAGAGCUCCAGCAGUCCUAUGACAGAGCUCACUCUCCUGAGGCUCAGUUUGGGUGGUGAGAGGCCUAUGGCGGAGCUCAGUCAGGGGGUCCACCUGGAGACACAGCUGGUGCACCAUAGACUGGAGCAAGUGUCCGGUCCUCAGUCGGAACAGAUGGACUUGAGUGUAGAGGACACUGCCACGGAGGACAUGGAAGUGGAUGAGGAGAACGUUCCCAACUUGCACCCUGGCUCCAGUGAAUUCCAGCAAAUGCUUGCACCGGGCUCGUCCCUGACGCGCAGCUCCAGCAGCGACAGUCUUCAGAGAAUUCGUAGAGGCCAGCCGGGAUUGGUACGUCAGCGAGCCCAAGAGAUUGAGACCCGUGUGCGGCUCGCCGGACUGACCGUGUCCUCCCAACUUAAAAGGUCUAAUUCGCUGGCCAAGUUAGAUGACUUGGCCAUCUCCACAGAGGACCUUACGCUUUCCGCCACAGUCUCAAUUGACUAUGAGGAGCAAGAGCCUUCUCUUUGCUUGGAAACCUCUUGCUCUCCCAAGCUCUCUUUAACUCCGACUGUGUUGCAGAGUUUGAAAAGCUGACUCAAAGAUGUCAGAACUGCUUUCUCAGUGAAUGGGACUGCUCCAGUCCUACAGCCAUCGAAAGCAACAAUGCAGGCUGAUGCUGCAAGACACCUCAUGAGAACAAUCAGGCCAGGCUUGGACAUCCUUCCAGCAGCCCUUUACAUAACUGCACUGCGUUCUUCAUGUGUCUGUCUGUGCUUUAACUAAGAUAUAUAUAUAUUAAAGCAUGCUCUGGCUUGGACCUUUAUUAAUGGCUUUGUUGAUAUCGCAUUUCUUUGUCUUGCUAAAGGAAGCCCAACUUGUUACGUUUUUACUAUAUGUGUGGCCCAUCUAUAGGUGGCAUAAUCAAGACCUGGUUGAAUUAGCAAUGAUUUUAUUCAAAUAUUUGUUUGAUAUCCAUAAUUUGAAAUUAUUUGAACUUUUAAAGCCAAUUUUAAUGCCCUUUAAUGAUGGGUAUUAUUACUAAUAUACAAUAUUGAUGAAAUUUUGCCUCUUAGUUUGUUCACCAGCGAAUUUGUGCUAUUGCAGAUAAACCAAUCAUGUAUUUGAGAUGAUUCAAUGUGAAAAAGAGGCAGUUUAUCUGAUUUAGAAAGUCACAAACCAUCAAAGUGCACAUAAAUGUAAAAAUUAGAACAAUUUUAUGGAAUAACUAAUCAGACUUUGUGUUAUUUAUAAUGAUAAUAGAAAUUUCCAGAUGUAGAUACUGAUACAUGACCAUGAUGCAUGACCAUUUCAUGGCUUUAUUACAACACGAUUAAAAUUGGAGCCCAUAGGAAUUAAUAUUUUAGUAGCGACUUUGUUGUUCAGUUUUGCCUUCAAAAGCAGUAUAGUUCUAAGAAAUUUUCUUCAAGACGUCACACCACAAAAGUAAUUUCAGACUAAAGUUUAGUCUGAAAUUUAUGAUUAUGUCACUGUGUCAUUCCAACCUGAUCGUUACUUGAAUCCUUAAAUGUUGCCAUUUUCAAAAAUGACAUCAACAAAGCCACAUAAUUAUUGUCUAUUUCCAGAGAAAAAUGCAACAUGAAUGUGGUUGGCUAUUUGUCUUACAAUUCUCUAAUUUACUUCUCAGCUGGUGUUUAUCAGAUCAACUACAUCCGAAAUGUGCUACUAGAGCAUAGCUCCUGUUAUGUAAUUUAGCUUAAGCUGUUUAUUGUACAAAUUGUAGCCUGUGAUGUGCAAAAAGGCUUUAGCAGCAACACAUUAGUACAAUACAGUCUUCAAGUUGAUCAGAGGAUGUUCAAAUGUGUCACUAUCGUCCUUUAAAAGGUCCUUUUAAAGUGUCUCCUUUACAAAAUGACAUCAUGGCAUCUGAUAAUGACAGACAUGUACGUUAAGUAUUAACAGGUACGAGCAGUGUGUUGUCUUAUGAUACUGUGGCCAUUGGGACUUACUACCAUGAUAGGGACAUUACUAUCAUAUGUGUAAAAGAACACAAAGUUUGAUUAGUGCUCCGGGACAGAAAGUAUUGGUUAAACUUGACCUUAAUUAUUUUUUUCAUAUAUAUAUAUAUAUAUAUAUAUAUAUAUAUAUAUAUAUAUAAUUUAAUAAUUAUUGUUACCAAUAUGUUAUUGGUCUUUAUGUUGUCUAUUAAGCUUUUUUGUUUUUCUCUUUUCUUUUUUGAAAAAAAAAAAAAAAUAUGCAAAGUGGCCUGUGCAAUAAGUGUAAGCAAGAAUUUGAAGAGAAUGAUUUUUAUUUAUACAAUAAUAAGAAAAGUAACUAGUUUUCAUUUAGAAGAAUGGAAAUCAGAUGUGAAAGAAAAGCACCUUGAGUGAGAUUUGAGUGAAAGUUUUUUUUUUUUUUUCAUAUGAUCCACAUGGACUAAGUCACUGCUGUAUGAAACUAUGUUCUGACUUUUAUUUUAAAAACUGUGAGACAUGUUUCUUAUUGCUUUUGUAAAUAAAAAUUACUGUCUUUUUAUUUAUUUUAUUUAUUUUUUUCCCCCCAUAUUUAAAAAAUACAUAUAAUGAGGACAUCCCAUUGCAAACUGUAUAGUUUUGGGGGGGUAUUUCUGCAAUUCAAAAUUAUUACGAUUGCCAAAAAAAGAUGGCCUCCUAAAAAGAGUAAAGUUGUAGUUUUGCUUUCCGCUCAUGGCUCCUCCCAGCUGCUGCUGAUUUGAGUACUAAUCGUUUUGUUUCUUCGGACAUGCAAGUGCCUUACCUGUUGCCAUUUGCAAUCAAACGGUUCUUUGGUAAAAACCGCUUGUUUCACAGAAGUUUUGUCUUCACCUGGUUGCAGUCUUUAUAGAGCAAUGUUUAUUUUGAACAACAUAUUUGUGGCUUAUUUUUUGAUCUGUUUGUCUUUUCAUUUUGAUACUACAUUUCAUAUUUGAAUAGAAGAGACCAAAGUCAUUUAUUUAUUGUCAUGUUUUGACAUGUUUGAACACACUAAGCUAACAAUAAAACCAACUGGAGAAACUGUAAGAUUGCCUUUAGCCCUAACUUAACAGCUCUUAAAAGUGACUUGGAACAUACAUCAGAUACUGUACUUCAUUUUGACCAUUUUAAGUUGUGUUGCACUAUGUUUUAUAAUGUAAUGUACAGUUAAUUAUAGAAAUAAAUUGUUUAUUGUCUGCAUCAGAAA